UCCUCCUCCUUUCUCUGCCUGGCUGCUGAUGCUGCUUCUGCUCCUGGCGGCGCAAGAAAGGGAGGUGAAGAGGCGCCGGGCGGCAGGGAGGCUGAGCGAGCCCUCUUCCCCCUCUUGGCGGGGAAAGGCCCGAGGAAGAGCCGACGCCAGGGGAGCGGGAAGAGGAGAGGAGAGGAGGAGAAGGCGGAUUCCCGGGCUCCGGGUCGCGGAUUCCGGGGGAUCCUGGCGGAAUCAAAUCUAUUGAGUAAGCUACAAGGAACAUUACUCCAGAAAGAAAAGAUGGUCUGAAUGAAAUACUCGUGGCUUGAGCUUAUGGGUUGCCAUCCACUGCACGGUCUUAGCCAUGUUCCCACGAAGAUUGCUGCCUUGGGGAAGGUUCUGCCGUUGGUCCAACCCAUGGAUACAAUUCCUGGCCUUGACAAUUGCCACAUUUGGUGUGCUAGCUCCUCUAACUUGCCAGCAGCUCCUCCAUUCUUACUUUUAUGUGCGACACUGGUACUUGAACCCCAUGAGUCAAGAUUUUAUCCAGGAGAACCAGGAGGAGGGUCUAAAAGCCCUCCAUUACUUUGAGGAGCUGCUGUCCCCCAACUCGACAGCUAGAGGCCCCCAACUUGGCAGUGGAAACUUAUUUGAUGAGACCUUCUUACCACCCCAGCUGCUGAUCACCAUCAUAACAGUGCAGAGGAAUUUUGAGUUCCACUACGUGCUGCAGGUGGCAUCCCGCUUCCACCGCCUUCUCUGGGAAUGUGGGGCCCCUUGCCAACACCACAAAAUCUUAAUCUGCAAUGUGGACACUGAUCCUGACAGCCACGAGGAUGCCAAGUUACUUGCUAAGUUCUUUGCUGUAGUGAAGCGCUACAGUGGCAGUGAGGGUCCAGACCCCUCAUUGAACCGCUUUGAAAAGGAGAAGCGGGAUUAUUCCUAUUGCCUUGUGAAAUCACUUCGGGCCUACAAUUCGGACUACGUUCUGCUGGUGGAAGACGAUGCUGUCCCGGAGGAAGAUUUCUUUCCAGUGUUGCAUCACUUGUUGCAAACACGGUUCUCUAAGUCGCACCUCCGUGAUGCCCUUUAUGUGAAACUCUACCAUCCUGAGCGACUGCAACAUUAUCUCAACCCGGAGCCCAUGAGAAUCCUUGAGUGGCUUGGAAUAGGCAUGUUCUGCGGGACACUACUGGGGUUUCUGUACACCUGGACAUCCAGGCGCUCUGGUCUGACUUGGCCUAUCUUGCUAUUUUUUGCCUUCUAUAGCAUGCUGCUGGUAGAGCUGGUGGGUCGGCAUUAUUUUUUGGAGCUUCGCCGCUUGUCCCCUUCGCUCUACAACAUUGUGCCUGCGUCAGAGUGCUGCACUCCUGCCAUGCUGUUCUCUGACUUUACCGCCCACCGUGUCUUGAAUUACUUGCAGGAACUACACUGCCGCCAAGGCUUUGCCAAAGAUACCGCCCUAUACUCGCUACUCCGUCAGAAGGGGGAGCGGGCAUUUGUGGUGGAGCCCAAUCUAGUCAGACAUGUGGGGAUGUUUUCUAGUGUCAGGUUCAACAAUAAUCCAAAAUUAAUUUGAAGAGCAAAUUACUGUUGAAGAGUAAAAAGGAAACAGAGCACAUUGGGUGACAACUACAAGGUGGAUAUUGCUUCUUUGAAUGUUUGGAAGACAACACACCCAUAUAUAAAAAAACCAAGUGUGCCAAGAAGGUUUAGCUCACCCUUUGCCCUGAAAUGCUAGCUUUCUAUGGUUAGGAGUAAGUAAGGAUGGGGUGUCAACAUAUAACCCUCCAGAUAUUGUUGAAUUGCAAUAGCCACACUGCCUCACUAUUGACUAUGGCUCCUUCCACACAGCUGAAUAAAAUCCUACAUUAUCUGCUUUGAACUGGAAUAUAUGGCAGUGUGGAUUCAGAUAAUCCAGUUCAAAGCAGAUAUUGUGGGAUUUUCUGACUUGAUAUUCUGGGUUAUAUGACAGUGUGGAAGGGCCCUAGAUAGGGUUGCAGUUCAACGACGUCUUGAAGGCCACAAGCCUAGAGGAAUAUCACGAGUCAGGAUGAAAAAACCGUUCAAUAUCAUGGCAGCAAUGCCAAACGGCACUCCUGUAAUGACGGCAUUCACACGAAGAAUCUGCAAUUGCACUUGUAACUUUCGUUUAGAGCUUGUUCUUUAUCUGUUGGUGACCAGUUGGGUGGGAACACCAGCAGUGGUUCUUUGUAACUUCUUGAAAAGAUGAACAUGUACAACUGUUUUAACAGCCACAUUACCUUCCUUGGGAGGAUCAAGUUGUCUUUGUGGAUAAGACAAAAUCUUUUAUAGCAGCCUUAGCCUUUGUGACCCACAGGUAGCCAUUUUUAGAGGAAAGGGUGGGUUCGUCACCAUUAUAAGAUUCGUUUUUAUCGAACAUCUGCCUUGGUAACACAGUUCUUCUAUGUUGCAUUCAUAUGGAGCUUGUUUUGUCAGAUGUGGUGCCUUUUCCCCUGAAAGUGCAUCAGUUUCAAAUGCAGUCAAGAGAGAGCUUGAGUCAAGCUGCAUAUUCACUGACUG